AUGGCAUCAAUACCAGUCAACGUUAGCCAUCAAGGCACCAAGUACCAGGUCGAAAUCGACACUUCCUCCAACGGCGAAACCUUCAAGUACCAACUCUACAGCUUGACGGGUGUCGAGCCUGAGCGACAGAAGAUCCUCGUUAAAGGCAAGCAGGUCAAGGACGAUGAUGAAAUGUCCAAGUUUGGCCUCAAGGCCGGCGCCACACUCAUGAUGAUGGGCAAGCCAUCCGGAGAGAACGCAGAUCUCGCCCGCCCCAAGGAAGCGAUCAAGUUCGUCGAGGACAUGACCGAAGCAGAAGCUGCCCAGCAAGAGGGUGCCACCCCCGCCGGUCUCACUAACCUAGGCAACACCUGUUACCUCAAUUCGACCCUCCAAACCCUUCGAUCGAUCCCCGAGCUCCAAGGUGCUCUCACCACAUACAAGUCAGGCAGUGGCGGUGCCGGCAGCAGUUUCGGUCUUACCUCGACUGAUAUUGCCACCCAGCUCACGGAUCUGUACAAGAAUAUGUCGGAGACCCAGGGCAGCAUACCCCCGAUCACCUUCUUGAGCACUCUACGCAUGGUCUACCCACAGUUUGCCGAGAAGUCCAAGACUGGAGCUGGAUACGCCCAGCAAGAUGCCGAGGAGGCUUGGUCUCAGAUUAUCUCUCAGUUGAAGCAGAAACUUUCCGAGUCGGAAGGCUCCUCUUUUAUCGAUAGAUAUAUGUCUGGAGAGCUCCAGUCCACACUCGAGGUUGACGAGCAAGCCGCUAGAGACGGCGGCGAGGAACCGGUCAAGUCAAGCGAGACCUUCCUCAAGCUCAACUGCCAUAUUGACGCAUCCGUCAACCACCUGCGCGAUGGUAUCUUGGCAGCUUUGACGGAGAAGCUGGAGAAGAAGUCUGCAGUCCUUGACAGAGAUACGACCUACACGAAGAAGUCCCUCAUCUCACGGCUUCCCAAAUACCUCACUGUUCACUUCGUUCGGUUCUUCUGGAAGCGUGAGGUGCAGAAAAAGGCCAAGAUUAUGCGCAAGGUUACUUUCCCCCAUGAACUUGAUGUCGUUGAGUUCUGCACCGAUGAGCUGAAGAGGGCUCUCGUCCCUGUGCGUGACAAGGUACGAGAAAUUCGCAAGGACGAGGAGGACAUUGAGCGGGCCAGGAAGAGGCGUAAGACCAAUCCUGUUGACCGAGGUGACAUCGCUGGAGCCUCCGGCGGCCCCGAGGGCAAGACGGCUCUGGAGAAGGCCAACGAGAAGAAGGCGGAGAGAUCUGGAAAGCCCGCUGCCACGACUUCCGAUGCCGACACCGAGAUGACCGAGACAUUCAAGACCGACGCAGAGGUCGAGGCCGAGAAGGACGCGGCCUUAAUCACCGCCAAGAAGGAGCUAUAUGCACUGCUCAACCAGGACCUAGCCAGGGACGAAGGCGCCAACCAGUCCGGAAUCUACGAGCUGCGAGGCGUCGUCACUCACCAAGGAGCGAGUGCCGACAGCGGCCACUACACUGCCUACGUCAAGAAGACUGCCCCUAUCGAUCCCAAGACCGGUAAGAAGGGCGAGGAGGACGGCAACUGGUGGUGGUUCAAUGACGACAAGGUGUCAGAGGUUACCCCUGACAAGAUCGAUGCUCUGGCGGGUGGUGGCGAGUCGCACUCCGCGCUCAUCUGUCUCUACCGGGCCAUCCCCCUUCCGACGAUUGAUAAUGACGGCAAGACCGAGUAA